UGCCACAAUGUAAAUAAAGUGUUAUUUGAACUAAUUGCUAUGUUUAUUUAGAACGUACGAUAAAGUUUAAUCCAUCCAGAAAUAAAAAAAGGUUUUAUAGACAGAUUUUAUUUAUGGUUUACAUUGUGUUUGAUAUUUUUUAAAAUGGAAAUGAAAAGUAAAACCAAUCGACAAACACGCUGGGUAAGCGUCGAUACGAUGUUGUCCAUAGUCGGAGAAUUCGGUCCAUUCCAAUGGCUUCUUGAUGGGCUAUUUUGUUUUUUGAUUGUUCCACGUACGUUUCAAAUUCUGAUCAUGUAUUUUGCUGCUAUGAAUCCAACUUGGAAAUGUGUUGACAACAGCUCCAUUUGUUUACUGAACGGAACUUUUUCCAAUGACGAUGAUACACGAUGUAGCAUGCCAAGAAGCGAAUGGGAAUUUACUGAACCGAAGGAAUUUUCCAUUGUAACCCAGUUUGACAUAUACUGUGAUAGCGAAUGGCAAAUUUACAUGACAACGUCUAUCUUAUUUAUUGGAUGGGCGAUCGGGGCGAUUGUAAUAGGUUGGGUGGCAGAUAAUUAUGGACGAAAGAAAAUUCUUUACCCUUGCUUAAUGACUACGCUCUUAGUGGGACUCCUGUCUGCGUUUAUGCCCGAAAUUUACUCGUUUGUUGUAUGUAGAUUCGUCAUUGGAUUCUUUGCGCCCGGUGCUGGUGUCCAGAUGUUUAUCUUAAUAUCAGAAUUUGUUGGAUAUAAGUACCGACCAAUGGCGGGAAUACUAAUUUGGUUUUUUUUUACCAUCAGCCUUUGUGUGCUUGGAUUAAAAGCUUAUUUCAUACGACAGUGGAAACUGCUAAUGAUCGUGUGUACAGCUCCAUAUCUUUUCAUUAUAGUAACUUACAAAUUUGUACCCGAAUCUGUUAGAUGGCUUCAUAUUCAAGGAAAAUUAGAUGAAGCAAUGGGCAUUUUUAAAAGAAUUUCUGCAUGGAACAAAAAAGAACUUCCCGAAGAUGUUUCACUAGCUCUGCCUCCAACGAUAUCAGUGGAACAUAAGUCAAGUCCCCUGGAUUUAUUUCGAACUCGUCGCUUAGUUAUUUUAAACAGUAUUCAGGGAUUUGCUUGGAUGGUCAACGCUAUAGUGUAUUAUGGGAUAUCUCUUGCAGCUAACGAUCUCAGUGGAUCUUUGUAUCGUGAUUACGUUCUUAUAAGUGCAGUAGAAUUUCCAGCAGCCGUGACUGCGAUUUAUUUAUGCGACAGAAUAGGUAGAAAAAAAACAGUAAUGUGGUUUAUGGUGUGCGGAAGUGUUGCAUGCGUGGUGGUUGCUGCUAUUCCUGAUGAAGGGGAUGGACGUGUUGCCCGUAUCAUUUUAGGAAUGCUUGGGAAAUUCUGCAUUACUUUAAGUUAUGACUCCAUCUACACUUGGUCUGUUGAGUUAUUUCCUACCAGCAACCGUGCUGAAGGCAUGGGAUAUUUACAAAUUACUAGUAGAGUAGGAGCAGCCAGUUCACCCUGGGUGGCGAAAGGAUUGAGAACAUUACAUAAAACUAUGCCUUUCGUAGUGAUGGGUUCACUAGCUCUUGUUGCAGCAGGGCUCUUAUCGUUCUUGCCAGAGACUAAAGGGCGAGAAACUACAAGUGUGGAUGUUUCAAAUGAGGAUGUAUUACUGGAGGAUGUGUCAACAAAAUCUAAAACUUAGUUUUUGUUUUGUUUAUAUACAUUUUUUAUAAUAUAGCAAGGAUA